CUUUGUAUACGUAUCGCGGUCGUUUUCAAAUAAAAAAAUAGUUUAUUUUGUAAUCCUUAAAAAUGGCUAUGAAUAAAUAUAUGCAUCCAAGAAAUAUAUAUAAAUCGCCGCCAAAUUUUAAACAACUUGCACUGGAUUUUCCGGAAUUUAGAGAAUUUGUAACGCAAGAUAUUACUGGAAAAGUAUCUCUUGACUUCAAAAAUACAAAAGCAUUGAGAGCUUUGUCCUGUAUUUUACUGAAAAAAGAUUUUGGUCUUAACGUGGAAAUGCCAUUAGAUAAAUUAAUACCAACUAUUCCCUUGAGACUGAAUUAUAUUUUAUGGUUAGAAGAUCUUUUGUCCUUAACUGGGAAAUCUGAAAAUAUUAGAGGUGUUGAUAUAGGUACAGGAGCUUCUUGUGUAUAUCCUCUUCUAGCUGCAAAGAAAAAUAAAUGGCAUAUGGUAGCAUCUGAAAUAGAUACCAACAGUGUAACAUAUGCCAACACUAAUAUAGAGACAAAUAAAUUAGAAGAAUUUAUACAAAUAGUAAAAGUUAAUGAAAAUACAGUUUUAAAGGAUGUUGUAAAUCAAGAUGAAUAUGAUUUCUGCAUGUGUAAUCCACCAUUCUUUGGCAGUACGCAAGAAUUGCAUUCGAAUCUAAAUUCAAGAAGUUUAAAUAGACCAAAACCAAAAAAUUCAUUUUGUGCUACACCUACCGAAGUUGUAGUAAAAGGAGGUGAAGUAGACUUCCUUAGUAAACUUAUCCAAGAAAGCAAAAUAUUAGGAACCCAAAUUAAAAUUUACACUACAAUGGUUGGACAUAAGAAGAAUUUACCUCAGUUAAAGACUUUGCUUAGAGAAGUUGAUGUUUGCAGCUUUAAAGAAACAGAAUUUUGUCAAGGCAAUACUACUAGAUGGGGACUUGCCUGGACUUUUUGCUCAACAUUUGAUUUAAAAAAAUGUUUGGAUCCAAUAAAACUAGCAAUAAAGAAAAGUAAACCCAAAGAACCAUUGACAUGUGGAAUACCAGUAGAUGAAACCAAUGAAUUAUCAUUAAAUUUAAUUAGAGAUAAUAUAUUAAAGUUGUUUGAUCAAUUAGAAAUGGUUACUGAAGAAGUUUCUCGAAAGAAAAGUGUGCUAAGAUAUUUUGUGAAUGCUUAUUCAAACACUUGGUCAAAUCAGAGACGAAAAAGGCGAGAACAAAUGAAAAAUGGUGAUGCCAGUUCUUCUUUAAUAGGUGAAAAUAAUAAUGACGAGAAAUCGUUGGAUAUGGAAGGUGCAAAAUCUCCUGGUAAAAGAAUUCACGAAGAUCACAUUGAGGGAGCAUUUGUUAAGAAAUUAAAAAUAUCAAACACUGAUGGAAGAGAUGUAUUUUUCAAAUUCCUUGUUACAUUAAAACUGGAAGAAUCAAGUGUAUUAUUAGAAGUAGACUGUUUACCUGAAUAUAAUAGGGAAUAUUUACAUCAGAUUUUACAGUAUAUAAAAAAUAAUUUGAAAACAUAAUUUUUUAUAUUUAUAAAGAUGAAUGUACUACAAUGGUGUUUAAAGCAGAAUGCUAUUACUAUUUGUGAAAGUAAUUUUAUUUUUGAGAAUGAAAAGAUUGAUUUUUUGUAAUAUUUUAGGCAGGAAGCCAUUUUAUUUUUUUAAAUAAACCGUUUGCACUAGAA